AUGCUCAUCAAACCUAUAACAGAAUUGAGAAACCCUCGUCAUGUUCUUGACGUUGAUGUAAAUGACUCCCUGAGUCCCCAGCCAAUUCCAUCAAUUGCUAUCAGAAUUGAUCCUGACACAAAAUACAACUAUGUUUUGAUUGUGCCCAGUACAAUGAGUCUUAUAGCUGAGCAAUUACCAAAUUCUAAUGCUGUCGGAUCAAUAGAAAUUACGUAUCCUGAACUAUACAAGGACAUAAAAGAAACAGAGUCAUUAGCAGAAUAUGACGAAGAUGAACAGCUAUAUGCUGCUAUGCAAUCAGAGAAUAUCAAGAACAAGUACCCAACAUCAACAAUACCUAUCAACCUAACCAACAAUGGGGUAUUGUCCAUAGUGGUGCCACUCAUUAAGAAUAUAAUCGCAUACAAUAUUUUCGCAAAUGAAUUGGUCACACAUCUCAAUUUAAACAAAGAGUGGAUUCUUCUUGCGCCAUCGAAUUUGAAUAACGGACAAACGGUCAACAAACUCCAACUACACAAUGACAAUACUGACCCCGUGUUUCAAAAUGUGCCCGUUUUGCAACCACCUCAUACAAUCACAGGGGUUAGUGCUGCACUUUUGUCCCUGCUUAGCUUAGUUGAUGCUCCUAUUGCAACUGCUUUGGUUUUGGAUUCAGAAGGACAAAUUGGAUACGAAAAGAGUGACAACGAUGCCAUAGUCGAUGUGGCAAGUAUCCUUGGCAUUAUCUUCAAUCUCGACCACAAAAACUACGUGCGAAAAGUUAGUUCAAAUGUGAGGAAAUUUAAUGGGUAUUCUAAUUUGGGAAUGUAUAUCUAA